UCUUUUCCAUUUACCUCCUCGAAAGACACCGGCCACUGCAUCAUGUAAGCGAAAUGACUGUUUUAUGGUUUACUUCAUCCUGUAAUAUAAGCGCAUCGUAUUUUUAAGACACUUUUGAAUGAACAAUAUUUACCGUUAACCCACGUUACAUACAACAUCCUGUUUGGGUUUAGUACUUUUCCUCCACAUGAGUCAUUUUUCAAAGAGACUGUGACCAGAGCAGCCGGCGGACACCGGAGGAGCCUGAUUCCCCUUCACAUCACAGAGAUCUCGCUGCAACACGAGACCAACAAACCCCCGAGACCUUAUCACCAUCACCACCAUGUCGGUACCGCAGGCGCGCGAGGCGGCUUCCUCCCUUCAAUUAUGCAGGAUCAUGCGGCCAAACGACGCCAACAUUGUGGGCAACGUCCACGGCGGCAUCAUCCUCAAGAUGAUUGAGGAAGCUGGAUGCAUCAUCGGCACGCGCCACUGCAACACACAGAAUGGGGACCGCUGUUUGGCAGCUCUGGUUCGGGUGGAGAAGACAGAGUUCCUGUCCCCCGUGUUCAUUGGCGAGGUCGCCCACGUCACCGCUGAGAUCACUUACACCUCCAAGCACUCACUGGAGGUGCAAGUCAAAGUCAAGGCUGAGAACAUCCUCACAGGUAACGAAAAGCUGGCCAACAAGGCAGCGCUGUGGUACGUCCCCUGCUCUCUGCAGAAUGUCGACAAGAUCAUGGAGGUGCCGCCCAUCAAGUAUGCCAGUGAAGAGCAAGAGGAGGAGGGCAGAAAGCGCUACGAGGCUCAGAAGAUGGAUAGACUGGAGACCAAAGCGAGGAUUGAAGAGGUGGUACCACCUCCACCCAACCAGGAGGAUCUACUGAAAGAACAACACACAGUUGGCUUCAGCCAGUCCAGUCUGAUCCAUUUGGUGGGCCCUUCUGACUGCACACUGCACAACUAUGUUCAUGGAGGUGUGACCAUGAAGCUGAUGGAUGAGGUCGCCGGCAUUGUGGCUGCUCGGCACUGCAACACCAACAUUGUCACUGCCUCUGUGGAUGCCAUCAACUUCCAUCGCAAGAUCAAGAAAGGCUGUGUGGUGACGGUGACGGGGCGCCUCACAUUUGUGAGUAACAAGUCUAUGGAAAUUGAAGUGCUGGUCGAUGCUUCCUCGCUGGUGGACGCAGAGAAAGGGAAAUAUCGUGCAGUCUCAGCCUUCUUCACUUUCAUCUCCCUGGACAAGGACAAUAAGCCUCUGCCUGUCCCUCCUCUUAAGAUCGACGGAGAGGAGGAGCAGAGACGUUUCGAUGAGGGCAAAGCUCGCUACCUCCAGAAUAAAGCGAAGAGACUCGCAGAUAAGGAGCGUCAGCAGUGACGCCGCUGCUCACCAGAGUUAAACGCCUGCAACAACAGUAUAUCAACCCCACACAACACACAUACAGUAUGAAGGGAAUAAAAACCCUCUCUCCUGUUCUGUAACUGUAGCCUCCUGUAAAACAUAAACCAGUGAUUUUUUUUUUCCUGUGCUAUGCACCAAAGUGUCCACAUAUAGCUAUAUGUAUGUAAAAGUAAGAGUGCAUAUUUUUAUUGAUGUAUGAAGACUAUUUAUGAUCACUGUGCAAAGUGACAGUCUGACUGUAUGUAGAAGUAAGAGUACUAUUUUAUUUUAAGAAGAUUUUUAAGACUUGAUGAUCAGUGUCAAAAAGAUGGAAAAUGAUGAAUAAGUGAGUGAAUAAUAAUGAAUUAAAGAUCCAAGCGUGA